UCGCUGCUUCCCAUUGGCCUUGCGCCGUGCCCGUCCCGCAGGGUCUAGGCGGUUAUUGGGUGGCGGCAGUGGCAGUCUUGCGGGAACGAGUAGCGGUGGCCGAGUUUGAGGGGGAAGAUGUCGGGCUGGGAGGCCCACGACGCCAAGAAGCUGGUGCGCUCGCCCAGCGGGCUGCGCAUGGUGCCCGAGCACCGCUCUGCCCGCAGCCCCUUCGGCUUGGACGAACCGCCCUGGGUGCCUGACAAGGAGGUAUCGUGCCCAAGAUGUAUGCAGUGUGAUACAAAAUUUGACUUCAUAACAAGAAAGCAUCACUGCCGAAGAUGUGGGAAGUGUUUCUGUGACAAGUGCUGCAGUAAAAAAGUGCCUCUGCCUCGCAUGUGCUUUGUGGACCCUGUGCGCCAGUGUGCUGAGUGCGCCCUCAUCUCCCAGAAGGAAACAGAGUUCUACGACAAGCAGCUUAAAGUGCUCAUGAAUGGUGCUACAUUCUUUGUGACUCUGGGAUCAUCUGAUAAAUCUGAGCUCAUGGUCUGUCGACUUUCCAACAAUCAAAGGAAAAAAGAAAUUGAAGUUUUUCUUCUGUUAUAUAGAUACCUGGUUUUGGAUGGAGACAGCCACUAUGAAAUUGAAAUUAUACAGAUUUCAACUGUUCAGAUACUUACUGAGGGAUUUACUCCUGGAGAAAAAGAUAUUCACACUUACACCAGCCUUCUGGAGAGCCAACAUAUUACUGAAGGAGGUAACACUCGUGCCAUAGGUAUGGUUCUGCAGUAUAAAGUACCAGGAUCAGAGGAGCUCAUGCAGAUGAAAUUUACAGCUGGUGAAGACUUCAGCUGUAACAAGAAGCUGUCAGCAAGCUGGCUGGCAGCUAUGCAUAAGGCAACAAAACUUCUUUACGAGUCCCGGGACCAAUAAGAACAGCAAACUGUUGGCCACUUGAGGGAAGAUACCAGCGUCCACAGACCUGCAUCUCACUUGUGAAUUUGAGAGCUGUUAACAUUUGCUGUUCUUGACCCUUCCUCAUUCCAGCAUGGUUCAUUCUGUAAGAACUGGCAAAUGCAAUGUGAGUGUUUUUCUGAACCAUGAGUAUUCACUAUAGUGUGCAAUAUGUAUACAAUUAAUGCUUUAAACAGCCUCACCUUUUAAGACUUUGUAUAUUUUUGGUAAGCCUUCACUGGCACUUAAUAUGAAAGUGACCUGCACUACAGCUAAUGUACAGCACAACUUUUAUAGUAACAAUACUGUUUGCUACAAAAAGCAAACAAAUGUCUAUGUCUCUUCUGCAGAGAAUAGCUUUUGGGUAUAGAUCUCAGGUUUUUCCUUGUAUCCAAAUGUUUAAAAUCAAUGUACAAUAAAAUCUGCCUUAGAUAUGA